AUGCUCCUAUCACCGUUGGCUACCCCCUUUCAACCAGCCUUUGGCUCCUCCAAUGCGGUGGUCUUUAAUGAUGGCGUCCCCUGCAUGGUAGAAGAUAUCCAUGAUGUCAUUCAGGGGUAUCAAGACGAAACACUCGAUGAAAGCUUCCCUCCGUCGGCACAAGAGGCCGCCGAGCUAGAAGCCGUAGAGACCUUUGUGGACAUUAUGGCCACUCUCUCCUUGCUUGAAGAACGCGAAGAAAAGGCUCGCUCCAGCUUUUGUCAUGUCAAGAAACGCUGGGAGGCGCGACGAGUAGAUGGCCUGGUUGGAAAGCCACAUCCCGCCUUUCACUCGGUCAACAGUGUCAAGCGCAACAGUGGCAAGCAACUCAAGACGACCGAUCUGGUUCCCUUCCUCCUGUCGGCGGCGCCUAACACGGCGUUGCUCCAGAACCAGCAGCGGACCCAAGCACGGGACGAGUACCGUCGUAUGCGCGCCGAAAACAAGGCACGAAGCACUCAUCAACAGCCAAGGCCACUCCAGCAGCCACGAAAGAUGAACUAG